AUGGUUUUGGGAAUCAUGGGCAUGAUUGGUCAGCUGGUGUUCUCCUGUGUUGGAGACUAUGUGAAAGGCAAGCUAAUGCUGGUGAACCUGAUUGCAAUCUCCUUGGUGGUCGUUAACAAUAUUGUUGCUGCAUAUUCCACAACUUUGGCAGCCGUUUUUAUGUAUAGCGCUAUCGUAGGUGUGGGUUGCGGCAUGUACCUGGCAAUCUACUUUCCCGUCCACAACGAGAUCAUGGACGGAGAGAACGUCGCCACGCUAUUUCUGACGAUGCGCUUCAGCAGAGGUGUUGGAGCCACUGCAGCACCGUAUAUAGCUGGUUAUAUACGUGACGUCACCGGAAGCUAUAGCGCAGCUUUCCUGUCCGUUGCGUCAAGCUUUGGGGUGUUUGUAACGGCAACAUUGGCGCUCAUAUGUAUCAACAAGUUUCGGAACCUGCAAAGUCUUGACGAGGAAAAGGAACCAAUCACGGGGAUGAGCUCAAGAUAA